CAUUAAUCCAUUAUGUCGGAAGCUGAUUUAUCUGCCAUCGAUCUAGCAGCCCAAUCAACUCUCCGAUUCUAUCUUCGAGGGAUGAACACACCACGGUUAACAAGUGAUGGGAAAGGAGGAUCUCAUACACGCGUAACAGCACGACGCCAUGGUCUCGAAUGAGGAGGGUCUUCUUUUCAAAUUCGUGUUCGGUCAGGACUCGGCAAUCCGAUCGAUUAGGACUUCCAAUGCUGAACAAUCGAAAACAUGCCAACCCUACCGUCAGAAACUUGUUCAAGGGUGUUGAAAGCGACAAGCCUAGUAUACCUAGCUAUAAUCCGCAACAUAGGGAAUCAUGCACAAUAUAGUAUUGGACCUUGCACAACAAACUUUGCAAUGUCACUAGCCAUGUCAUGAUAAGAAAACCAAGCCUAAUUAUGGUACCAUUCCAAUGUCCAUCUAGCUAUCUAGCUAGUGAGCAACGUCGACAUCUGAAAUCAAGACUUAAGAGUGAGCUUUCUAGGUGGUUUCCACCAUCUCCUUCACGAGGUCACCACCACUAGUCCACUACUCCAAAGCAAGCUUUUGAUCAUCAAAUUCAAGUGGCCGAGAAUCCCACUACAUACAUUUCAUUUCCCUCUAAACUCUCGUUGUUGCCCUAAUUGGAAGAAAAGGAUUGGAACCCCUAAUUGGCUUCUAAGUGAGCAUGCAAGCACAAGAAGGGACAAAUCCACUUACUUGUACAUGUGAAGCUCCAUCAUCUUUCAAAGUGGGAAUCCCCCACUACAUAUAUCCUUUUCCCCAAAACUCUCAUUGUUCCCCUUAUUGGGAUUAAGGGAUCCGAACCCUUAAUUAGCUUCUAUGAAAGCAUGCAUGCAACAAGAAUGGAUAAACCCACUUGCAUGCUUACACAUUAAGCUCCACCAUCUUUCAAAGCAAUCCCACUACAUAUUAUCUUUUUCCCCCAAUACUCUCAUUGUUGCCCUAAUUGGGAUUAAAGGAUUCGAACCCCAAUUUAGCUUCUACCAACUCAUGCAUUCACAAGAAGGGACAAACCCACUUCCUCAUAUGCUUAUAUAUAUUAAGCUUCAAUCAUCUUUCAAGUUCCAUAUCAUCUUUCACCCUCCAUCAUCUUUUUCAAGCUCCAUAUCUCCCCCGCCAAAAACUUAAGAUGAGGAAAGUUUUCUCCUACCUCUUUGCUUUGCUGGCCGUUUUGGUCAUCAUCUCCAUCGUUGGAGUUGUUCUCUUCGUGGCCUUCCGUUCUUCCCCUCCUUCCCCUCCCCAAUUCUCGGUCAUAGCCGUCGACGUCUACCGCAUGAGCUUUGUUUCUGACCCUUUCCAGCAAUCCAACCUCCACUUCGACGCCUUCUUCAGGGUCGGCCUCCUGGCCCGAAACCCCAACAAGUGGAAGGCGAUCAGCUACGACUCGCCGGUGCAUGUUUAUGCCACCUUCGGUGGGCAAAACAUCACCGGCGAGGGUUUCAUCCACCAGUUCCACCAACCUGCCGACGACUCCAACGUCCUCGUCGCCUCUCUGGCCGGGUUCAACAUGACGGCCACGAUGGCACCUCAGGAGCAGCUGUGGACCGAUCUGGUGGCGGGAAGAGUCGAGCUCGAGCUCGAGUGCGACACGAUACUGAAGGGGAAGAGCUUCCACGUAGAUUGCCCCGUGGUGCUGCAAUACAUCCCAGAGACGCAGGCCUGGAGCAUGCAAAACACGGCCCAGCAUGGCAUCUGCGGGUAGAAGCGGCGGCGGGGGCGACGAAGAUGAUGAAGAGCAUAAAGUUAAAUAAAUUGAAGUGUUUGUGUGUGCUUUAGUGUUUUAAUUAGAUGAAAAUGUAUUGCUAUAUGUGUACUUCCACAUCAUUUUAUGGAACAACGUUUUUUAGUUAAGUGAUCCUCCAAACUAUAUAUAUAUAUAGUUCUGAUUCUAAAUUACUAUCUUUGACGAGAUACCAACUAGCUCCAAAAACUCGAUAUUCUGAGUGGGAGAAAACGUGUGUAUCAAUGACGACACUUGCUCUUGCAUUCCUCAAACUAGCAUGCAUGGUAGAUGUUGAACAAUAUGCUUUGAAUUUAUGGGCGCAAGUGCUACAGUAAUACAAGCCGCGCGAGCUCGUGGGCUUGUAGUUUUCAUAAUGGAUGUAGCUUUGGUGUAGUGACACUGUAGUCGCAAGUUUGGGAAAGGAGAUGAACUCUCGAGGCAAAACAGAGGGUAGUUUGAUGGAAGAAGGUUAAACCAGAGUUAACAACUUCAACACAAAGGGGAAGAGGUUGAUUUGGGUAGAUAAACACCACGAGAUCAAUUGGGAAUUGAUUGAUCGCGAGGUCUGAAAUCCUUGGACUUCACCAAGAACCAAAACUGAAGCUCUCAAAGCUCAAGGAAACUUUUCGGAGUAGGGUUUUCUUUAUUCAAUCUCACGUGUCUUUUCAACCAAAAGAGAAGGCUAUUUAUAGCCAAAAUAAAUCUAAUCCAAUCCUAGAUGAACAAGGAAACAAACAGAAACAAAAAAGGUUAAAGAAUUGGUGCUAAACAAGGAAACUUGGACUCUAAGAAACAAUCUUCUAACACAAGUAAACUGUCCAGAAAAACAGGCUUCAUGCCAACUUUGAGCUUCUGGAAAAUGGUCUUCUAGCUUGAUCCGAACUCGGUCAAUUCCUUCAUGAGGUUUGGAAAGUGUCAUACUUUCAUCUCCAACUCGAAUCUCCCUUAUACUAUACUCCAACCCCCACGAAUAAGGCUCCAAAUAUGGUACCUCAAACACAGUUUGUGCCUUAGCCAAUUUUGGACAGUGUUCCUGUUUCUUCAUAGCAACUUGAGAAACUUGGUAAAUGACCUUAGGAGCUUGUUUAUGGACAAUUAACCCUUCCAACAAGUAGAGUAACACUUGAAAUUCAAUAUCACCCCUUCCACCUGCAUUUUCACUGAACCAGUUGUGAGAAACAAACCUCCAAAGUAGGCACCAUGAUACUGUUUGACAUUUAGCCAAAUUCUAACUCUUUUCUUGCCAACUUGAAUUGCUUCUUUAGCAAGCAUUGAAAACUUGUUUAAGGGGCUACCUGAUAUCAAAUCAUAUAGGAGAAGUACUACAAGCACAAAAAUGUAGCGAUUGCAUCAAUGAAGACAAGCAACCAGUACUCGAGCCUCUAUAAAGCAAUUGCUAAUGCACGUCCACCGAUGAAGAGUGGUUUGGUGGAGUAUAAGGAAUGGGGAAACAACAAGCUUUUAGUUUCAUCCAUGGUUGAUGAAUGGAACCACCCUCGACAACUUCCCACUUUAAGAAAUCACAAACACGAAAAGGGAGUCAUACGUUGUUGAAUCCUGAAUGGACAACCGAGAAAGUGAGUUUGACUAGAAUAGGUUGAAAGGCCUUUUCCUUUGAAGAGAUCCUUAAUAUGAUUGAAGGUAUGGAGACCCCUACGCCCUAUUCAGAGAAAGGAUAAAAACAAUUUCAAUCAUACGGGGAAAGCUCAAGGAAAAUAUGGUGGAAAGAAAUGUCAACCUCCAGCGCAAGGAAUGGUUGCUGGUGAAUCUUAUGAAUGGUGAAAAUGGUGUUGACUUAUACAUAUGGUUUUGGCAUCUAUGAAAUCAAAGAAAUGAAGAGGUUAUGAAAGAUGAAAGCUUCUCUCAUAACAGGGCGAGUUUCAUUCCCAUAGUUCAUAUUUGGUUGUUUUAUGAAGUUAUCAUAACGAAUUGUAACAAUGAUGACCAUAAACAUGAAUUGCCGAA